GGAUUUCCAAUGCGGACUUAAAAAUAUCCGAGCCCGCCUAGCUGAGGCGCGCAGGCAGCAGCCGUUGCUGCGACGCCGCUGGUGUACUAAAUCUGGAGGGGAGGUUGGGCCCUCGAAGAGAAGGAGAAGACCCUCAAACCUUGGCUAACGGCGACAUAGCUGGCUUUUUGGAGAGGCCGCCUAACGUUCUGCCACUUCAUUGGAAUCAGCCUCCGCCCUUCUCAGCUGGCUGCUGCAGGGCCAGUGGUGCCGGGAGACGAGGGCGGGCGCUCAGGGACGGUUCGAACAGUCUGGGAACAAAAGAUAGAAGUUUUAAUACAGAAAAUUUCAAACAUACGAAGAAGUGAAGAGAUAUGAUGAACCACAAUAUACCCAUUACCAAGAUUCAACAAUUAUCAAGAGAAGCUGCACCUGACAGAAGCUCCAGGAUGCUUGUUCUCUUUCUGCUGGGCACAGUCUUUCUGCUCUGCCCAUAUUGGGGUGAACUUCAUGACCCUAUAAAAGCGACUGAAAUAAUGUGUUAUGAAUGUAAAAAAUAUCAUCUUGGGUUAUGCUAUGGUGUCAUGACAUCCUGCUCCCUGAAGCGUAAACAGUCCUGUGCAGUUGAGAACUUUUACAUCCUUACAAGGAAAGGGCAGAGCAUGUAUCAUUAUUCAAAACUGUCGUGUAUGACCAGCUGUGAGGACAUCAACUUCUUGGGGUUCACGAAGAGGGUAGAGCUCAUCUGUUGUGAUCAUAGUAACUACUGCAACCUCCCUGAGGGAGUUUAGUUCUACGUCUCUCCUGGAUUUUGGGUUCUUUUUCAACCGCUACGCUCUUUUUCUCUUCCCUGAACCUGAAUUUUGCUCUCCUCUUCUAUGCAUUGGUAGAGAGUGAGAAAGCCAGCUCAUAGUGAAAAGACAAGCAGGCAUAAGGAGACGCAGUGCGGACAGCGGAGCCUAUUGAUGAUGGAGCACUAGACUCACUCUUUGCACAUCCCUGUCGCUAACAGGUGGGAGGGGUUUUGCUCUCCUUACGUGAUACUGCCAUGAAUAAGCUCAGACUUGGUCAUUUAUUAUCUCCUGUAUGAAAAUGUGAACACUUGGGCCAUAAUAAUCUCCAAUUUGUACUGAGAAUUCUGUGACUAUCCUCUAUCCUCAUCUACACACACACUCCUCUCCGUUGGAAUUCUCUUUGGAUUAGCCCUGACACUUUCUGGCACUGUCCUUUUCUGCCCAUGGGUUCUGGAGAGGGCUAACCCCAGCUUCCCAGUGUGUUGGCAGCAUGGGCCAAGUCUUUCUCUGAUAGAGCUCUUGGGGGAACCUCAGGGCAGAAAAAAAAAUACUGAACAGACAUAGGGAUGAGCAUCAAAGAAAACUUCAGGGGGCAUUUCAACUGGUAAAAACUAAGAUCUGAGAGAUAACUUGCUGUGGGUGGAAUUGGCUUGAAUUAUCAUUGCCCUGGCUGGCCAGGCAGCCUUGGGCACAUGGUUGAACUAGGUGAUUGGAUUGGGAACAGUGUUUUUUUAAGGAUGGCUAGUCAGGUUCUUCUCAUGGGACUGAGAAAACAAAAUGCUGAUAAUGUGGCAGGUGGCGUAGUAGUUGAAGAUAAUAGGAUGUAAAUAGAUACCAUAAGGUAGUGUUCAAGUAACAGAGUGCCCUGUGUAAAAGGAAGUUAUGAGUAUGCAGAAAGUGUGAGAAAGGUAGCAUAUAUGGGUAACAGUGGUGGGAAGAGAAGAAGGAAGACACAGAAACAGAUAGGAAGAGAAACUGAGUAGCAUUGAUGUUGGAGCACACCUGUGGCCAAGGUGGCACAUUUUCCUUGGAUACACACUAACCCUGGUGUUUCUGUCCUUAUAAGGCUGACUGCACCCUAGAUGACGGGUUGAUGGGUGCAGCAAACCACCAUGGCACAUGUAUACCUAUGUAACAAACCUGUAUGCUGCACUUUCUUUCAUGUAUCCCAGAACUUAAAGUAAAAUAAAAUAAAUAAAUAAAUAAAUAAAUAAAUAAAGGCCAGAAAAAUUGGCCAAAAAAUCUGAAUAGAAAAAGAUAUACAGAUAGUAAAUGAGCAUAUGAAAAUAUGCUUAACAUCAUAUCUCACUAGGGAAUUGCAAAUUAAAACAACAAUAUUAUGCAACUAUACAUUUUAAAUGGUC